GAUCUCUCCACUUCUCCAAUCCCACCAUGAGCAGACUCUCUCCGUGAGAUACAUCAUCCUUACUAGUAGGUGUCUCCCUUUGCCUUGUUUUCCCUUCCAAAAAACACUGGGAAUGAAAUAGAAUCUGUGACUAGUCAUUUUCUGAACACACUUCAAUUUGCUGUUAUUUCUCAUCCUGUCUGUUUGUCAUUCACAACUUGCUGGGACAAAGUCAUUCUAAAUGUUGUGUUUGAUAUUUAACUCUUUCAUCGUCUUGCAAUGUGCAGUCCCCUGUGUCUACAAUGCUUAGCAUGUUUUGUGGAUACAAACUGGGUUACCAGGAGGGCGCAUGGGUGAUUGGAUGGUUCCAAAAGGUGAAGAACAUUUGGACAAAGUUGGUGAAAUUGAUUGUGAUGAUUUUAGCAUUCUGGCAAUAGGAAUGGUUAACUUUCUAAUAUUGACACUGGAGAGGCGAUAGCUGUCAACUACAAUUCCCAUGAUGCUUAGACAGCCAAUAUUCUAUAGGGUGGCUGAGCAUUAUUGGAAAGGAGUUCCACAGCUUCUCUUGGGACAAGGUUAUCAAUGGCUGCUGCACAGUAAUAUGGCUCAGAGAUUCUGUUUCCAGGCAAUAAAUGUGUAACAAGUGUAAUCCUUUAACUAUACAUUGUGUCUAAUGCACUAGUGAGGAGAAUACAAUAAUGCAAUUAACUAUUCGGCUUGUAGAGAGAUUUUGGGAUUGUUGAACUGUACCACGGUUUUUGCUAAAUGAUGCAUCUCACUUAAAACUUUAAAUAUACUAAGAUUUUUUAUAUAUACAUUUUUACAGUGGGGAAUAAAUGACUUGAGAUUUUUUGAAAGAAUAAAAACGAUUUAAAAAAAAAACAAUGUUAUAUUAAAUUUCGAAUUUAUUUGAAAUUAUUAUUAAACUAAACAAGAAAAAAAAAUCAGAACGACGAUUAUUUUGUAUCAGAAUAAUUUACGGAUAUCUGCUCUGGUGCUAAAUAAACAAGUUGUUUUUAUAUCAACAUUUACACCUAUCUUGAUUCUUACAUAUUUAAAAAAAAAAAAGAGAUAUUGCAAUUUUAUUUAAAAAAAAAAAAGUAAAAUUUCAAAGAGCUUUACAUGUGUAAUUAGGUUCUAAAAUAUUUAAUGAAAUAAUAUUCGACAGGUAAUUCUUUGACUUUUUCUAUAGAAAUGAAACUGUCUCCAUAUUGCAAUUUAGUAAAUAAAAAUGCAUAAACCUUCAUUCUAUAGAGCAGACAAUUAUUUUGAAAGUAUCAAAUAUCUCACAAGUCCCAACGAUUUACACAUUUUAUUAUUUUUUAUGGAACACUCUUAACGCAUUUCAUUUCUUUAAAUAAAAUUGCAAAUAAUUUACUAUAUUGUUCCAUUCAUUUUUAUAAAUAGAGCUAAAAAAAUAUCGUGCUAUCUCUAAUUUUCUUUUAUUUAACUGAAUGCAGAACAUGACAAAAAAAAAAAAGGUUUCCUAACUGUAAAAUUAAUAUUAAUAUUAAACAAUUUAUGUUAUGCAAGUUUAUAUUAUAUAUGUGAUAAUAAAUUCGUAUUAGAAAUAUUUUCUUUCCAGAAAAAAAAACCAACAUUUUUUUUCUCACCCUGCAAAAAAUAACGAUUUAGUUUUUGCUAAGCUAAUGAUCUAAUUUAGGUUGUAAAGCUAAUGAUCUAAUUAAUAAUCAAGGCCCUGUAAUAAUUUUAUAACUAUUGUAAUGCAAAAUUCCUAGACUAAAUAUUAUUCAUUAUGCUCGGAUUUUCCAAAGGCAGGCCCUUUGGAUGGGAUGAGGUAGAACUAAGCUCUGUAGACCCCUUUGGCACUUCCAGGGUUAAAAGGUUAAUGUUUUGAGACAGUAUUACAUCCAAUUCUUUACUAUAAUGAGGGACUGCGGGUACUUAGGAGAUGAGCGCCCUCUUCCCAAACCCCAAUGUCCUGUAAUCUCUGAAAUCAGGAUUCAAACACCGCUUUAAUCGUUGAUGUCUAGGAUGUUCUAAUCCUCUUGUGAUAAAAACAUUUAUGGGCUACACAUGCAGUCUUCAAGCUCAAGGAGGUUAAUUGCAUUUUAAUUAAUAGUUACAUUAACUAGGAACCUUUGCUUCUUUUUUUUUUCACCCCAUAGCAAAACAUAGAUCACCAACUGUUUAUAUUUAAAAUAUGUUUUGUUAUUAAUGAUUAUACAAUAAUUUAGUCACCUUUUAUUAUGGCAUUUAAAAAUAAAAUAAAAUAGAAAUUAAAUAAAAACAUGAUUUAUUUAUAUAUGGAAGUUAGGUAAAUUGUGGACUGUUAUAUAGAAAUAACCCUUUGCAAACAUAAGUGUGUGUGUGUGUGUGUGUGUGUGUUUGAAAAUCAUAUCAUUAUAUAUUAUAUAGUCAUUUAGUAUAUUUAAAAUAUAUUUGUCCUGUGCUGUUUACAUGUUUUUCAUUCUUUUUUUUUUUUUGUCAUGGGUUGUGACAUUAUUAGAUAAGGUUAUGUAUAAAUAACAAUUGUGAUGCAAAGUUUUAAAAAAAAAAUGGAGCAAACACUUUGGCAUCCCAUUAAGUACUCUUGCUAAAAGCUCUACUUUUAGAACAUUAUUUUACGUCAUAAGCUUUUCCUCCCCCUCUCCGUCCCUCUUCAACAAAUGUUCUUUUAAUUGUGGACCAAUUAAAAACUUAUUGGUUAUAUUAAAAAUUAAAUUACAAUACUGAAUUCUUGAGGUAGCUGUGAUAACCAUAUUUUUCCUUAAAACAUUUCACUGUUUGCCAAGAGGAGAAUAAUGCUUACGAAACUGUAACUCAUUUUAUUUAUCUUUUCUUUUUUGCAGUAGUGAGAAAGACAAAAGAAGUGCUUUGUGUCUGCGUCUUUAGAAAUGGCUUCUAGCCCCCUGCCAGUAUCAAACGACUUACUGCUUGCAUCUCCCCCCAGCUCCUACCAGCAGGACUCUCUAGGACAGUCUAGGUCCAACCACUCCAGUAUGAAACCCAAUCAAGUCAGCCAGGUCAUUCUUUAUGGCAUCCCCAUCGUCUCUCUUGUCAUCGAUGGACAGGAGAGGCUGUGCCUUGCUCAGAUCUCCAACACCCUUCUUAAGAACUACAGCUACAAUGAGAUUCACAAUAGAAGAGUGGCACUAGGCAUCACCUGUGUGCAGUGUACUCCUGUACAGUUGGAAAUCUUAAGGAGGGCCGGGGCUAUGCCCAUAUCUUCGAGAAGGUGUGGGAUGAUAACAAAGAGGGAGGCUGAAAGACUGUGCAAAUCAUUUCUGGGGGAGAACAGGCCCCCUAAACUUCCAGACAAUUUUGCAUUUGAUGUUACCCAUGAGUGUGCUUGGGGCUGUAGAGGAAGCUUCAUCCCAGCCAGGUAUAACAGCUCCAGGGCAAAGUGUAUCAAGUGUACCUACUGCAACAUGUACUUUUCGCCGAAUAAAUUCAUCUUCCAUUCACAUCGUACCCCAGAGGCAAAAUACACACAGCCAGAUGCUGCCAACUUCAACUCGUGGAGAAGACACUUGAAGUUGACUGAUAAGAGUCCUCCAGAUGAGAUGGUAUUUGCAUGGGAAGACGUGAAAGCCAUGUUCAAUGGAGGGAGUCGUAAAAGAGCCUUGUCUCAUGGACACUGUCACUCGCUGUCUUCUGUGAAGGCCUCAAGUGGGGUCUUGCCACACAUCAUCGGUCAGGAUCUCAACCAGAAGAGGCCACGGUUUGAAGAGGAGGAAGAGAUUGAGCCUUCCAACAUCACAAACAAAACCCAACGUAGCUACCCUGUCAUCCCAGUCCCCAGCAAAGGGUUUGGCAUGCUGCAAAAAUUCCCUGCAAGUACCCUAUUCCCAAGCCCAUAUUCCUUCCCUGCAUUUGGUCUCUGCCAGAAGAAAGAUGAUAAUGAGUCUGUAAAUAGCCAGAAAACAAGUGCAUUAUCUGGAUUAUUUUGGCCAGGAAGGAAAGAUGCAUUUUACCCCCCUUUUUGUAUGUUCUGGCCUCCAAGAACUCCUGGUGGUCUACCAGUCCCAACCUAUCUCCAACCUCAACCCAGUGCCCUCACUUCCAUCACAGAGAACCCUACACUGAGACAGGCCUUUCUGGAGCUGUCUGACCAAAGUGAUGGGAGCACUGUCAGUAACACAGGUGAUAACUUGUAUGAGGCCGAAUGCUCCAGUUCUCCAGUGGCCAGUGACAUUAGACCUUCAUCUGAAGCCAGGUCCAACACAUUGGAUGUACCCCCAUUCCCGAUCAGGAAACAGAACUAUCACUCCGCCUUCAGGCCAGUGGUUAAAGAUUCAGAAAGCAUUGCAAAGCUCCAUGGUAGCGUGGAGGACUUCUCUUCCGAAAGACAUGUUUCACCUGGUACAAGUUGUAGUUACCAAAGUGAAUCCUCAGACACAGACGAGGAGCAAGAGGUGGAUGUGGAGUCUAACAAACAACAAGAUGAUGAAGAAGAGGAGACACUUAGCAGUAAAUUUCUCCAAAGCAGAGGCCUGGCAGACAACUCUGACAAAACUUGCAAAGCCAGAUCUCCCUUCCCCAGAAAUGAUACACAUGGGGAGAAAACAGAAAGCACCGAAAACCAUCCUGCUACCCCAAAAGACUCCAGCUCCUGUCAUACAUCACUGGAGGAAAUUUGCUACAAAGAUGUAAAUAUCGUCCUCUAGGUUCCAGAGCUAAUUAUUAUUAUUUAAAUGCAGCUGUGGGCUAAAUCAUUUAUGUACGCAUAAUAAGAUAACAUCAUGCCCUACAGGAACGAAGCCUUCAAUGUGUUUAGCUUUUUAACACAAUGCCCCAAAGAUCAAAAAUGUUCAACAUGCAAAUCAACCCCUCUCUUCAUGAGAUGUACGCACUUGUGAAUACACCUCAUAAAGAAAGGGAGACAGAGUUAAUAUUCUGUGUACUCCACUGUAUACAGAGGGGAUCCCAGUUAAAAAUAACAUAUUUAAUAAUUCAGGGUCUAAUACGAAUAGAAAACAAAAUGCAAUGCCUAUGAUAUGAUCUUAUUAUGAUUAUCAUCAUUAUUAGUGAAUUGUGGUCGGUUAUAUAGAAAUUAACCCUUUGCAAACAUUUGCUUGCAUCAUUGCCCCCAAGAAACGUAAGAGGAAUAACUUAAAUGCAAAAUGAAUUCUAUAAUAAAAAUAGAAUACAGAAAAUAGGUUUUGUCCUGUUUAGUUACAUAUACUUUUAUGUUUAAUAAAAAACAAAUUACUGUUACAAUUAUUCGGCCAUUUGGAAUAGCAAUUCUGCUGACCUUUCUAAAAUUGAACCAGUCCCCAUAGAAACCAAAGUUAUGCUGCUGUAAAUGCUGGUUGUUUGAAUUGCCCUAUACAUGUAACAGCCCACUCUGUUUUCUCAAUACUAGGGUAAUGUAUUAAGGUUUGUGCAAUAAGCAGAAUUAUUACUUUGGUUUCUAUGAUGACUGCAUAUAUAUAAAGAAUAUAUAUAAUUUUGCUUCAAGGUGGCUCUGGUUUUAAUUUUCUAAAGAUGACCAUUAACAUUUUAAAUAUUUUUGUCUGUGCAUUUACACAGAAAAAUCAACAUCUACAGAUAUCUACAAAGUUGUUAGUUGCACAAAAUAUAUCAUCUGCAGUAUAUAAAUGACAAAAAUGUAAGUGAAAAGCAGUGUAGCAUGUUUGUGAAAUUUGUUCCAGGUGAUGGGGAGAUAUGUAAAUAAAUAUUGUAUUUCUAACACUAGGGGUCACUAAAGUUAGAAUUUAAUGGCAAUUUAGUUUUUGAUCCCAACUUGCAUGGUACAUGUAAAUAUAUCGGCAUAGGCCCAUGUACAUGUGAACCAAAAAGUAGAAGGGAUUUUUUUUUUUUUGUAUUUUAUUUUCACAGUAAAAUUCUGAUAACACUAGAAUAGAAUGCAAAUAAUUGUGAUAUAAAGAAAUAGAUAACGUCUUGAUGUUGCAUCUUUUCCUAUACAAAGCACAGGAGAUUUAUCAAACUGACGUGAUCAAUAAAAUGAAUGAAAGUUGUAAAGCUGGUGCAAUCACUAUGGAAACCAAAGGAGACAGCAGUAACAUUCCAUCUGUGACUGUAUCUCUUUUACAACAUUUCUCCUCUUUUCUGAUCAUGACACUUUGAUAAUUCUCCAUAAUGAGUCAGUAAUAAUUUUAAAUAAGAGCAUCAUAGUUUGAAGCAGCUUUACCAGUUCUACUUUUUCCUGUCAUUAAGGAAUUGACAUCAAUGUGCAAAUAGCAGUUGUGUUACAAUAUUAGUGCUUUUCAUUGGAAUAAAUUAAAUAAAAAUGGGAAACAUUUAUACAUAAUGAAAAACGAGAGAAAUCUCAAUGUAUCCAUCCUGGUAAAAUGUUUUAUAAAUAAAUAUUGAUUACUUCACAGAUUGAGAACUGUAUGCGGUGCAAUCCAUGACUUUUUAUCUAGAAUAGGGGUUUUCAACCUUCCACACUCCAGACCUUGUGGACCACAUCUCACUUGAUGCUUUGGCAGCGUUAUGGCUGUGGGAGCAUUAUGGGGGAUGAAGUCCACAACAUCUGGAAUGCCAACGGUUGCCUACACCUGCUCUAGAGAAACUGCAGCAUUUUAUUUACGAAAUUGUGCCUCUGUUUUCCCUUAUUGAAAUGAAGUUACGUUGAAAAUGCACGUGUGUACCUUGUUCAUUUAUUAUAGACGCAGAAAAGCAAAGAGGACAGUCUGAGCUUAUCUUCCAAAGAAGACUCAUUCCAAGGUAUGACAUUUGCAAUAUCUGUCUAUCAACGGUGAAAUCGUACCAUAGCGUUUUAACGUUGUCCUGGCAAGUGUUAUAAUGCUGAUGUUCUACAUUUAAAAACAUGUGUCUCUGUUUUUGAAAGAAUAUAUAUUGCCAUCCUUGUAAAAGGGUUAACGAAAGGAUAUGAUUUAUUUCUAGGUCAUAUAAGGGGCAGGCAGAGGAGAGCAGUGGAAUUAUUAGGCCAAGGGAUUCACCUUCACGGAGGUCCUCGGUUUUGUACUUUUUAACAUUUUCAGGCAAAUUUAAUUAUAAAUAUAGACAGAGCUACAGAGACAAGAAUGAAACAAGUAGGCUUGCUGCUUUAACCCAUUCACUGCAGAUUACUUGCCAGGAUUUCAACCCAUAGUCAUGGAUGGGUUUAAAAAAAAUAACAGAGUUUUUGUAAAAAUAUAAUACAUUUCUUCACUUUUCCAACAUAUCAAGGGCAUCAAAAAAUUGAGCAUACAAAAUUAAGCCCUGCGCUCAAGCUUCCACUACUCCUGGGUGGCAGCAAUGACUACAGUGCACAUCAGCCCCAAUGCAUACAACAAAAAACAAAGACAAACGUACGUUUGCACUAACCCAGAUUCUUGUGCACAUUUAAAUAAGUGGAUGUUUUUUAGUAUCAGUCCAAUGACCAUUAAAGUGUAAGCUCACCCGCCACAUCAAAGCAAAGCCGUUCAGGUGAUUCCUACACUAACAAUUCACUUUGCUGUCUACAGCUAAAAGGGAAAAUCUCUAAUGAGACAGAGUGGGGUAUUUUUCUAAAACCCAUUCUCACUUAUUAACCCUUAAUAGGGAGCACAUGGGAUUGGUGUCAGUACUGUAACAUGACUGUGCAAUGCAAAUGCAAACAUACAAAAUUAAGCCCUGCGCUCAGACUCCCACUACUCCUGGGCGGCAGCAGUGACUAUAAUACACAUCGGCCCCAAUACAUACAGUAAAAAACUAAGAAAAAAGGUUACUUGUGCUCUAUCCCAAAUCCCUGUGCUCAUUUAAAUAACUGGAGGUUUCCUAGUUAAAAACUGGUGGUUUCCUCUGAAAAAUUGAGUCUCGCGAUGUCUCUAAAUCUCUGAGAGGCACUGUCGGUUAGUAAUAAUGCAGUGUGAAAUAGAGGUAAGAGCACGCUAAAAGAGUGACAUCAAAUUAAGGAAUCUCGUAUGUAGUCCAAGAAGAGUAUGGUAAAAAAAAAAUGCCAUAACAGGGUUGUGGACAGAAAAAUCCAGUUGCUUUCAUAUUAAAAAAAGUGUGUCUGAUAAACAUGGGGGCCGAUUCACUAAAUACAAGCACGGCGGUGAGGUGAAUGCUUACUUCCAAAAUAAAGACCAAAACAGAUGAGUUGGGAACAUAUCCAGUUAUGUUGAACUGUAGAGUAUUUCCAAUUCAGCUACCUUGGGCUAUAUUUUGCAAACUAAGCUGGUGUCCUUGAACAGAGGAUGUUUUAGAACCGUAGUUUCAGAAUCACAGGUUUGAUUUAUUACAUUCUACGUGUUCUUUUAUAUCAGUGCUCCUCAACCCUCUCCUCAAUGCACACCUAACAGUCUAGGAUUUAGGGAUAGCCCGGGUGUGUCUUAGGUUUUUAGAAGAAGAAAAAAAAACACCUCCUUACUUUAGACAAGGGAUAGGCAACCUUCGGCACUCCAGAUGUUUUGGACUACAUUCCCCAUAAUGCUCUUAUACCCAUAAUACUGGCAAAGCAUCAUGGGAGGUGUAGUCCAAAACAUCUGGAGUGCCGAAGGUUGCCUAUUCCUUGUCUAAGGUAAGGUGUUUUUUUUUUUCUUCGUCUAAACACCUAAGACACACCCGGGCUAUCCCUAAAUCCUGGACUGUUAGAUGUGCCUUGAGGAGAGGGUUGAAGAGCACUGUUUUGUAUUACUGAGGUCAGUAGAAUAAGUACCAUUAAGUUUGGAAACCAUUUCACGAAGACUCUGGGAUGGAAGUGAAAGAUUAAUGUACCCCAUCUACUUAAAUACUUUUAUAUUACGGCUACUUGUUAGUUGGUAUACAAUUUGCAAGAUUUAGGGAAAAACUGCAGAAAAUAAAAUGUUUAAAAAUUAAAUAUAAACAAAAACUUUUGAUUUCAAUUUUGCAAAUAAUUUUAUAAUAAUAGCAUUGGUCACAAUUUAUCGAUUUAGCCCCUUAGAUAAUUUAUUUUAUCCUACUUAAUGUAACACCCCAUGGUAUACCUUCAUCUUAUAAGUAAUGCUGAUGGAUAUUCGUUCCGAGUCUUUCCCAUUCCGUUUAUGUUUUGUUUUUUGUAUUUGCAGAUAAAAGCAAAGAAAUGCACUUCUACAUCACAGAUUCAGAGCCAUCUGGAGGUGAAUUUUGGAGACAGAUAGGAGGUAGUAAGAUUUGUAAAGACAUUGCUGAUAUAAUUUAGUCCAUGAUAACACCCCUCCUUAAUAAACGGAUAACCAAAGUAGUUUAGCACGGGUUAGAAUGAAAACCACUCAAAGCAGAUAUUACACUGAGAAUAAACAUAUAGCAAGCAAAAAAUAAAUAGAGAGAAAGAAACACAUUAAUAGCAACAGGAUUAUUAAUUGCAGAGGAUGCAUCAAAAGGGGAUUUUAGAAAUAUAUACAAUGAGAGAAUCUGCAAAAGCAUGAAAUGAUAAUAAUUGAAAUGUUCUCUUACAAACCUUCCAUUAAAAAGGAUCACAGUUUAUUGCUUUUUAUAUCUGUCAGAAAGACAUUAAAGGUGUUUUAUGGCUUCACUGCCAACAUUUAUAUUAUCUCCAUGAUAAUGAUCUCUACACAAAAUGUAUAAUACAUUUACAAAAAUUACAUUAUACAAAUUAAAUGAAACCACCUUUUACUGAUUGCUAAAUGUCUCCGAGGGGUUUGGGAAAUACGUGAUUAGAACUUUUGAUACUAAGUUGUCUAAUGCAGUGUCUUAAAGAGAGGUUUGCUUUCUUGGGAAAAAGGAAUCUAAUUUUCCAUUUAUGUAAUGCAAACUGCCUUGGCUUUGACUAUUCACGGUUAAUUGACUGUCAAACGAGGUUGUUAUCCCGAGGCAAUGUCUGCAAAUUUGCCUGUCAAAUGAGACAGAGAGAGCAGGCUGCAGAGAGGGGCUGAGAGGAGCAGGGAGAGGAGAUGUGGUUGGCCUGGCCUCAGUGAAUGCUGCAAAUUCAAGACAUAGGGGCGCAACUGGGCCCCAACACUCACUGCCCCUGGUGUAUACUUUAAAAAGGCUGUAAGUGCUCAUCAGAUAUAAACAGACUCUUCUUUAUAUCUGUAUCUUAAAUGCAAAAUAAAAAAGGUCAUAUGCUCCGUUCAACAUUAUUUUAUUUCUCAAUAAGCAUGAAUGUAUAUUAUUCACUCCUAGUAUUCCGUCUUUAUUAGAUAGAUAUAAUCCCGCACGUUGAGUUAUUUUCUCCGUUUAUAAUGCAAAUGUGUAUUUGUCUUUGGUGAAGACCCGUGCGCAAUAGGCCACAACGUUGGAUUUGGACAUGCUAAUAGCAAUUUGGAAUAUUUUUUUUAGAUGUCUGUUGAAGUGUCUGAUAUUUUAUUUAUUUUUAAGAAAGAGACAGACGUGAUAGUUAAGAUAUUUAAAGUAAUUUUUAACGCUCCACUUUGGUUUGCAGUGUAUUCAACACAAAUUUACUAUUGGUUAAUGAUAUUUAAGAGGUAUGAUAUUACAAAUACUAGAUUUUUUAAAGUAAUUCUCAAAAUGAUCAUAAUUCAUAGACAGGCACCCACGCUUAAACUCAAUAAUUAUGUUUGCAUUUCUGCAAAGUUAUUUUACUGUUAUGUACAUUAAAAGAAAACUGUCAUAAAAGUAUUAUUAACAAUAUAAGAUACAUAUAAAAUAGCUUCUUAUUAUUUAAUAAUGUAUUCAUACAAAUAGCUAUGUGUUUCAUUGCCUUUGAUCAAUGGUGCCCACCAUCUUUAAGUCCUCUUUGGUCAGAAGCAAUACAUAUCUGCCAAUACAUUAUAUAAUUUGAAUGACCGAAAAAGGUCCAGGAUACUUUUAAGAGAUGUCAAGUACUUGUUCAUAAGAAGAGGAUUUAUAAAUGAGCACCAGCUUAAAGUUAACUGUAUGGUCUUUGGUUGUAUAAGUGAUAAUCUUGACCAAAGAUUAAAGAUGGUUGCUAUUGCUAACAUAAAGCCAGGUUAGGGCAAGAGAUGCACAAAAAAAGGUUAUUUUCUUAUUUGCAUGCAUUACAAAAUACUACACAAAGGCUUCAAUACAUGCAAGCAAUUGUUUUAAAUACAGUUUAAAUGUUUAAUGUUUUCAGAUAGUACAGUAUAUAAGGUGUAACGGCACCCCCAUGCAUAAAAGGGUUAAACCACCGUUUAGUAGAUCUUCCCCUUCCGGAGACACAGGCACAGCUACUGUAGACACCAAUCCACCGAACCGGAGAAGCAUACGAAUGCUCUCAAACAUACGAAUGCUGUAAACAGUCGAAUAGGAAAAAACAUACGAAUAGGUUUACACUCCUAGCAGUCGAACUGGAACAGACAAGGCUCCGUGUUGAGGGUCAAAACAGGAACAUACAGAGCUGUGGGUUUAUUGUUCUUAUAUACACAUUCUUAUACAUUAGUACCACCCACAAGGUUUUGUAAAACAACCAAUAAACACGUACAAUAUACUCAGACACUCCCACAGAAAAUCCUCCCUUCUGCCUGUGAUACAAUUACCUUACACAAUGGGUUAAUGUAAUUAUCACAGGCAGAGAAAUACAGUUUUUCCACAUUAUUCCUAACUUUAAAAGUAUGCAUCACAUUCACAUUUUCAGAAUCAGCAUACUCCAAAUACAAACAUAUAUCAAAAUAAUACAAAUUGGUCCAGUGGGUCAAAAGUUAGAUCAAAGUCCUUUGUGACUAAAUGAAGCAUGGCUUUUCUGUCCAAAACCAGUUCCACAGAGUCUUCUAUCCUGGAGAUAAUUGUAAAGUAAUCCAAUUAUCUCCAAGGACAGAGGCAAAACUCCAUUAGCCACAUGGUAGCAAAAGACAAUAAAAUACAUAAAAAUAUAUAACUGUGCAGCUAUUGCAUAAAACAGGUACAUUCAACAUAUCCCCAGAUAGCUUAGAUCUGAGCGCACAUUAUUACUGAAUGGCACUCAGAUCACAUACAGUUCAAUUGCCAUGGAGCCAAAGUCUUUCACAUAGUCUUUCGUUAUACGAAUGGGCUCCAUGGAGUAGCUAUCUGAGGUAUCACUGUUCAAAUAGGGCAAGUACCGAAUGACCCGGCUUUCGUGUCUUUGCAGGGGAAAAUCAAGCGUUUCAACAUGGGGCUAUAGUCUAAAGGCAGCAGGCAGGCAACCAGGCUCCUCCAAUGCCCAGUGGGGAGAUUGGUCUCGUCACAUCAGGAUAAUGGUUACAUCAGUGCAUUAAAUGUAACUUUAAUUGUUUUUGCCAUGUCACAAAAAUAAUGGAUCGACAGAUCAACAGAUUGGUAGAUAAUAGAGGAGUGAAAAUAUGGAUAGAUAGAUAGAUGAUAUAUUUUGCUGUGGAGCAAACUGUGUAUUCAUUCCUAUGCUUGACGAAGAAAAUGUGACCUUUCUCAGUAGUAGGUCAUGCUUGUCCAUAUAGGUAAUAUUUUUUUUUUAUUAAUAAGGCACCAGGCACCAUAUGUUCCAAUUGGGAGCAAGUUUCAAAUAUGGCUAUAAAUGUAUAUGAAUGGUUAUUAAACUGCCAAUAAAGAACACCAAAGGCAUUCAGAAUCCCAUUCUUUAACCUUCUUGCAUCUCAAUUUUCACCAUCCGUUUCCAGUUGAACCUAUUUGUCUUCGCUUAUUUUUUUUUUGUUUCCUUUCUUUCCACCAGUAGAGUAUAAUUCUAUCGCCUGAUAUUCAAUUCCAUCAUUUGAUUUCCCUUUUUCUAAAUGCUGUUUAUUCUAUUGAUUUUAUGAUUUGUCAGUUCCUUUUUUUUAUCUUUACAUUUCAACACAUAAUUACAACAUUAUUUAAAGCAUCAAGUAUAAAGCCACAAUAUAAGAAAUAAUGAGCACAUAGAUAAACUCCCAAUUUAGGCUUACAUUGGAUGACAAAGGGAUAUGAAAGCCAUAUCUCAUGCAAUAUUGUUAUAUAAUGAAUAUAUAUUUUUUUUAAAGUCUAUAAAUGCACCAACUGAGGCAGCACAUUAAAUAAUUGUGGAAGUGGAUUUUAAAAAGCCCUUAGUAGAAAAAAAAAGUAUAUAUUAAUAUUAUUUUAACUACAGUGGACUCUUCACUAAACACAUAUAAUUAUAUAAAGCCACCGCUUGCAAGCACAUACUUUGUUCUCUGUACCAGCUGGAGGUUAUACCUACAGGUUUAUGGCAUUAACAUUCUAAAACUGAUUACAUAGUAAAAGUUGUGUGACACACACAGUUAUAAAAAACUUUUCUGGGUCAAAACUGCUAUAUUGGGCUAUUCAUCAAUCUCUAUGAACCCAAUAUACAUAUGGUUCUACAUCUCAUGAAAUAGUUAAAAACUUAGACCAUAUACAGAUCUGGGUUUACGUCAAGAUAAACGGAUACAUGAUUACAGUAUGUUUCAUAUAAACAUACAUGCCAUUAUCAUAUACAUAGGAAAUAUGAGAAUAAUGUCUAAAAACACAAGGGGGAGGGAUUUAGUAAGCUAUUAGUAUAUAAGAGUUUUUUUCAGUGAUAAAUGAUACACAAUAUUAAAGUAUCACAGAAAAUAUAGUAGUUAUCAAUGUAGACUUUAAGAUAUAAAUGGAACAUCUGUCGUUUCCUUUCUGCAAAAAAUGCAACUCUUAUUCUUGUGUAAUUAUACAGUUUUGCCUUAAACCUGCGGCUUUGCUUGGCCAGAGCCCUCAAUAUCUCUUGUUUCAGAACACUGACAUUUUGUCAUCAUUUACUUCUGUAUUUCUUUGACCAGUGUGCACCAUUGUAUAAUACGCUAAUACUUUAUAUACCAAGCAGUAAUAGGUGCAUUGUAUUGUUUAAAAAAGCUAUCCAAUUAGAGAGAUAUUGCAUAUCACAAGGCAUCUAUUGAUUCUUUAGAGUUGCUAUUUUAGCAUGUUAAAGUAGUUCUAAUUACAUUUUAUUUUUAUUUAUUUUCCUGAUAUUCCAAUGAUAUGCAGAGUCAUCUGAUAACUUGCAUCUUAUUGUAGUGUGUAUAACGCAUGGAAGCUAUUGCUCGCUCUGGUUUUUGUUAACUUGGUGGCAAAGAAGUUCAGUCAGCCAAUGUCUGCCUCUCAGCUGGAGAUAUCUUAAUGAGAAAGUUGGAUUACUUAUUAUCCACUUAAUAUAUUUGUUCAAUAUGAGAAUUCAGUGAAUACUUAUACCAUGCAAUGAGAGCCACAGCCAAAUCCCUUAACUUUUAGUACUUGUACCCUCUCACUGCUUCAAUAUGUUGGACAGAUAAUAAAGAAAAGAGAACUUUCUCAUUUUGAUGUCGACAGCAAAGGAGGUGGGCUUAUUUGUUAAACCACACGUAAUAAAACUGAUGGGAUUUCACCUAUAGCUUCCUACCAUCAUAAUCCAUACAAUAAGUAUAUUACUCAAGUGUCCCUUUAAGAGUGUUAUAGUAGUUAUAUAGCUUAAAAAAAAGACUCAGGUCCAUCAUGAUCAACCUUUGAAACACAUCUUUUUAUAAUGUUGAUUCAAAAGAAGGCAAAAAAAAACUAAUUUGAAGCAAACUCCAAUUAUGCCACAAAAAGGGGGAAAAUCCUUCUUGAUUCCAUUUAUAUACUUCAAUAGUCUAGUUUAAAAAAACAACAACCAUACAGACCUUUCUUAAACAACAUCUAUAGAAUCUCAUCAGGCAGUCUCUUUAGGUAGAUAAUUCAACAUCUUUAUUGAUCUUAUUGUAAAGAAGCCCUUCUUUUGCUGUAAGUGAAAAUGCCUUUCUUCCAGUCUCAUUGAAUGUUACCUGUUGUAUAGUCCUGCUAAUGAACAGGUUAUCACAUAGUAGUUUGUAUUGGUCCAGUAUAUAUAUGCCCAACAUCCUUAUAUUUGGAAUGAUUGUUGUCUUGGCCUGAAUAUAACCUGGGACAUUCGCCAAAUAUGCCACAGGAAGGCAAACAAGUUAUAUUGUGUAUUCAUAAAUAAUGUCCUACAUAUUAUUUAAGAGCUAGUCUGGUACAGUGAAGUAUGAACACCUCCAGUUGCAGUCACUCAGACUGCCACCAGAGGGACUUCCGAGUUGAUGGAGGCAUAAAAUGCCUCCAUCCACUCAGAUCUGCUGUCAGCAGAGCACAGGGCAGCACUGUGUCUCCUCCCUCUGCAUGCAGACACUGAACUUUCCUCAUAGAGAUUCAUUGAUUCAAUUCAUCAUGAGGAGAUGCUCAUUGGCCAGGGCUGUGUUUUUCUGAGUCUAACAGCAUGCAGAUUUACAGCUUCAGGCUUGAAUACAGUAAGAUUUUUACUAUAUUUAUGGAGGCAUGAGGGGCCCAGGGGGGCUAGAUGGUCAGGAAUACAUGUUAACACUAUAGGGUCAGGAAUACAUGUUUAUGUUCCUGACCCUAUAGUGAUCCUUUAAGCUGACCCAAUGUCAAUAAAAUAGUAUUUUGCUAUUAUGUCAGGAUAACUAGUUCCUGGUACUUAUAUAUUUAAAGGAAUACUCUAAGCAUCAUAACCAAAACAGCAUAGUAGUGGUUAUUGUGCCAGGAGUGCCUUUGUGUGCACUAAUUGUAAGAUGUGAAACCAUUUAGAAAAGUUUGACUUCUUACCUAGGGUCUGCUGGGAGCACCUCCAUGCCUCCACUACUUCAGACAGAGAGCCAGAAGUGGUGCUCAGAGGAUCCCAGGUAAAAAGCCAUAUCAUUCUAAAACGGUUUGUUUGACUACUUACAAUGGUCGAGCACCAGGGCACUUUUGGCUCCAUAACUACUGCAGUGCAGUAUAGUGUUUAAUGAAGCUUAGCGUGUUCCUCUAAGGUACCUGUUGAGGUGUAUAAGAUAUUAUGAGACUGUACUAUGAUAAAACUACUUAGGAUUCAUUAGAUAAUGUCAGGCUUCCAAAGUUUUUCAAAGUAGAAACUCAUAUCAUGAACUCAUAGCAGACAAUACUCAUUGUGAUAGUGUUAAACUAUGUGGAGGCCACGCUUAACCUUGAGUUAAAGAGCCAACUCAAUCUCACUUUAAUGAUUGCUGUAUUAACCACUUUGUAAUGCAAUAAAUAUUAUAUUACUAUCAUGGUUGUCCAAUCUUGGACCUCCAACUGAUGGUUGGCAACAUUUGCAAAACAUAAUGUAUAAGAACAAUGAGGGAAGGCAGAUAUCCAAUAGUUUGUCAUUUGGUUAAUUAUUUAGUGCCCACUCAGACCUAAAAAAACUUUUUAGUUCACAACACUUAAAGGGACACUAUAGGCAUGAUAAGCAUUUCAUCUAGCUGAAUUGGUCAUAGUGCCUGGAGUUUCUGGCACUGUUCCUCCAUUUAGUGUUAAAACGUUUUGAGCAAAUUAACACUAAAUGAGGGGCCCUGGCUUCCCUUAGCUCCACCCCCACUGGAGAUAUGGCUAGAGCAGAGAUCACACACUUCCAGCUUGGCAUGGUAAAUACUGGGUAAUGUUAACUGAAGUCUAUAUUUUGCAUUAUUAACACACUUGAAUUCUAAGCUAUAAAUAGAUGUAAAAGAACUAUAUAAUAUAAAGCGAUAAUUAAAAUAAUAAAUUAAUGACACUCUCUAAAAUACAUACUGCAAAACACUAACUGUGUUUUUGUUGAGUACUAAUCAUUGAGCGAUAGCCACCAUGUUGUCAUGUGCAUGUUACUUGCUGAGCAGGUUCAAAAUGGCUGACAUUCUGCCAAGGUUCCUUUAACAGUUUUCAUACAGGCUCUAUCACUUGUGUGCAGGACAUAAAAACAAUGUACUGAUAAGGUUAAAACUGAAGGCACCCAUCAGCUUGCUCUUCUGAGUUGGUUCCUAGAAUUUCCAUUAGUGACAUGACAUAAUGAUGUCAUCAGUGGACAUCUUAGCUACUUAUCAGAUCCAGACAAAUAUAAAAGCCUUGACUGCAGGAUUUUCUCCGAGUGGGGAAGAGUAACCACAAAAAUGCAAGAGGAUUAUUGACAUGCUUCGCAUCCUUAUGUCAACCCAGUAAAUCAUCUGAUAAUGAAUGUAUUAGGGAUAUGACUGUCUGUCUGCAAAUAUUCCUUCAUUGCAAAUGUCAGUCUUAUAGAACUCACAGUUUGUGAUACUAAAUACGAACCAACAAUAUAUAUAUAUAGUCUCCCAUUAUUAAACCUCAGUCUUAAUCUAUUCGCACUUUGGAAGUACAUCCCAUAAUUGUAAAUUCCUGCAACUUGGCGUCCUUUGUCACUCUUGCUGGAAGGCUAUUCCAGCGUUCGGCUGUUUUGAAUUAAUUUUGUAAAAACUAAUACACGAUGCAAGUAAAACUGAAGGGAUUAAUAAGAUUAAAGAAAAAAAAUUAAUUCUACUUUUAAUUCUGUUUAGAACAUGGGAGUUAUUCAUCAGUCCAACACUUAUUGAUUGGGUCUGUACUAAUUGAUCAUUGGCUCUAUAUUUAUAUUUUGCUUUAGGAUUGUUACCUGAUGCACCCUCGCUUUAAUUGUGUUAGCAAAGGUACCUAAAGGGUUAAAAACUCAUUGAAGCUUUAAAAUUACAGAUGGACUUUGAAAUACAAUAGAUUAACAAUAGACUUUUAUCCACACACACACAAAAAAAGAUGUCAAUAUCUGUCUCUUUCAAUCCUUUAAAACAUGCAAAACUCUAUUUGUACGCCAUAUAAGAUAAUGGUUAAUCUACCAAGCCAGCGCUGUAACCUCUCGUAUGCCUAUGGCAAUAUUCUGUACUGAAAAGGCCCUUAAUCUGAAAUUUAUGCAGUCAUUCCACUACCCAUGAAACUGUUUUAAUCUUGGAAAAGUCAAUUACUUGGCAGCCGUAAAAAAAAAGGAUAUAGGGAGGAUAAAAAAAUUGUAACAGCAAAAGUCAUUAAAUUACAUGGUUUUGUUUUCUCCCUGUAGGAGAAGGCAGCCAAGAAAACAGUACAUCUCAUUCACUGAAGAAAGAUGUCGGAAGCAUGGGAAAAGGUAUAGAUAUAAUUUAAUUUACUUGGCGAUUUUUUUUUCUAGGGCAGCGAUGGCAAAAGACAGAGCGUUGCUAUUUUACAGUGACACUAGGUAAUGCUGUCGCUGUAUAUCCAACUUGGCUUGUUGCAUUUACUUAUAUGACUGUACCCAUUGUGCUGCACUAUGGGAUAUGUUGGUGUUUUAUAACUUAUAAGAUGUUCUAUUUUAAAGAUAAUUCAAUUAUUACAGAAGCAAGUGUUCAGUUAAAAAUAAUAAUCAGAUAUAGUGUGUAAAUGGGAUGAACUACAAUAUGAAAUAUACACAAAUAUACACACAUAUAUACAUAUACAUAUAAGAUUGUGUGUUUUUUUUUAAUGUAGAUAUCAUAUGUUUUACAAGUUGGAAUCCAACCAAAAGAAAAACAUAAGCAUUAAAAAUAAAUUUUUACAGUUUAAAGAAGAGAUAUCUGUUUUAUGAUACUUACUAAAUUGUAUAAAAACAAGAUGACAGUAAAGCUGGUAGAUGACAGCGAAGUCUGGGGUAAACCUUUGUAAACAAGCUAUCACCAUGAAAGCUAGCGGAAUAUUCCUGUUGAUUGUUCCACUUUUAGAACCGCUCACUGUUCAUAUGACCUAAAAACCUUUCCUACCAAUCGUGUGUAUAAAUUGAGUUGGCUUCAUUUAACUUAGCAAAACAAAAUGUAAGCAAAUCACUUUUCUCCCCAAAACUUUCCUGGCUCUAGAGUCAAUCCUGGAUUGGUAGACGGUUCUUGAGGUUGGGAACCCCUGCUCUAGAGUCAAUCUAUAAUGCGAGUAUACCUUACUACCUAUCAUUUCCCCUUCCAUACUGUACGAGAGUCCGUUAGUCUCACUGUUACGGUGCUGUAAUGCAGACAAACUCCUUUUACAGGGCAGUAGAAUUAGGUCAAGAUACAUAUCGAAGCCUAUAGGCAGAUACUAAUAGUAGCCUGCACUGUCUUUAGAUUUACAGAUGCCAAUUUAAAAAAAAACAGUUUUAUUUAUUAUAUGAGACAUUACAGUUUACUCUGACAUUUAGUAAAUUAUUCCAACAUGUCUUAAAACAAAUAAAUAAAAACUGAAAACUCAAUUAAAGAAGUACUUAUUUAUUUAGCAAAUAAAUGACUGAUAUUUUUCAACGUCAGUCUAGAGAAAAUUGAACGGGGAACAAAAUGAAUCAGAAGUUUCUGUCACUAGCUUUUCCUACUGUUAUUUGCAUUAGGAGUGUAGAUCCGCAACAUAAUAAACUGUGAUCACUGAUGUGCAAACAAUCUUUAGAAAAUACCAAAGUUUACUCAAAUGCACUGAACUGCAGUAAACUUAAAACUGCAAUACAUAAUUUAGGCAACAAUAACUGAAUUGGAAAUAUACUGAAACUCUGCAAUAGUCACAGCUUGAAUAUUUAAGAAUUUUAGAAAAUCUAGUUUGGAUAUUUUAUUGAAAAAUAAUUUAUCUGACUGCAAGUUUGAGAAUAUUUCCAAUUAUACUUUGCGUUGUAUAAAUUCAAAACAUCUCAGCCGGAUUAUAAACACUCCUUGAUGUUAGUUUCUCCUCUAAAUUAUAAUACAUGGAUGGAGGGGCUGGCGAUAAAGUAAUGUAUUGAUUAAUAAAUGUAUGACAGAUAAUAGAUCCUUUUUAGUGAACACAUGAGAGGUCACUCAUUGCCUAUCAUUAUAAAAAGCUUUUACAAUUUUAGAUUAACUCCUUCAUUGCCUGAGGCACUGAACACAUCAAUCAACUGACGGGGUACUUAAUACAGGCCUUCCCCCAAUAUAUCUGUGAAAGAGUUAGUGAAUAAGCCUGGUGGAUAACAGUCUUUUAAAACAUAUUUUACAUUUGACAGGCAUCAUAUGAAUAAUAUAUGGACCCUUGGUGGAUAUAAUUGAGAUUAAUGCAUGCAUAUCAAUCAAUACAUGACACCGUAAUAUAAUACUUUAAAAUAAUAUAUUGCAUUAAUUUGUAUUCAUGGAAAUUUGCAUCAAAUCUAUCGCAUGCCAAAGGAACCAUUUAAGCUGGCAAAAUAAUUAUUUUUUUAUCGUUUCUUUUUAUAUAUUUUCUUUGAUGAUCACAUUGAGUCAUUUCCUGUACUGCAUCUUUGUAAAGUGUUUUUUACAAAGUGUUUUUUGUUUUUUGACUUUUCCAGAAGAACUUCAGAAAGUCUUGUUUGAACAAAUAGAUCUUCGGCGGAGGCUUGAGCAGGAAUUUCAAGUUUUAAAAGGAACGCCAUCCUUUCCGGUUUUCAGUAAGUUAUAUUUAUUCAAUUCUAUAUUUCCACUCCAACAAAAAUGCUUUGCAAUAACCCAUACAUAAAGAAUAAUCAUUAUAUCUUCUGAUUGUAUUUUAAAAGAAUUUAUGUUUUUAAUAUAUUUUAGCCAACAGGCUUCUUUUUAAAGAGAAUGGGUUAGAUAAUUUGUGAUUCUAGGCCAACAUAGACAGAUUUGGAAAAAAAAACUUUACACAUUUUGUUUUUUAAUCUUGGCUACUUUGGCCUAAAUUUUGCAAUUUAUCUAUCGGUUCCUGUUCUAGUGAAUAACCAUAACCCGGCUUAAAAGACGGCGUCAACUAUUCCCAUUGAUCACAUUAAUAUCCAAAGAGGAAUCCAAAAAAAUAAUAAUCCAAUACAUAAUGUUGAGUGUAAAUAGAUUUAUUUCACCAGCAGAUCAGUUGUGGGAUUAUUCAUUAGUCUAACUUUAAAAUCCUAGGUUAUGAUUUUCUUUUAAAAUGUUUUGAAAGAAUACAUUGACGUUUCUCUAAUUUUCAAGUAUGACCUGGAGAACACAUACAAUAUACAAUGUCACACAUUCCCUAUGAGAUCUAUACAGUAAAUUAUACAAUGAGAGCACCUGCUUCUUGAUUGGAUCUAGAUAGAUACAGAGGUCUCCAUGGACUUCAGUCUGGUGGAAGGUUUGAUUUUUUUUCUUUCUGGCAGGUCAUUCCAGAUUUUCAGAGCUAUCUUUUUGUAGUGAUGGGAAGUCAGGGCCAGAGGACAUGGGGUAGGAAAACGCAGGACUGAUCAUACUUCCCAGGAAUUUUGGGAAUGUUCUAGAGAUGUGGUUAUUAGAGAUGUCGCGAACCGUUCGCGAACUUCCCGCGAACGGCUCGCCACGGUUAGCCACGAACCGUUCGCGGCGAGCUCCGGUCAGCUGACACAUCCCGGCCAAUCUCCAGCAGACCCUCCCUUCCAGACCCUCCCACCUCCUGGACAGCAUCCAACGGUUCGCGACAUCUCUAGUGGUUAUAAACCAAGAAAUGAUCAGUUAUUGAUAGACAAAUAUCACAAAACAAGCAAACAUUAUUUAUUAGACCAUGCUAUACAAUAUAAUGUUUAUAGAGUAUAGUUGUAGAAGAUGACAUAUUUGGAGUAUAUUCAUUACUAAUGUCCAUAAAAGCUAUAUAUCAUUCAUAGUGUAAGUACACAGGUUCAAAAAAUGAUUGUAUUUGUCAGUCAUUUAGAAGUAUAUUAAACAUGAGUGUUGUGGAUUUCUUUUCAGCUACCACUAAGCACUAAGAAGUGCACAGAAAUAGAAGGAUUCACUAUAGAAAAAAAUGUAACUUUUAAAACUGACCAUAUGCAAAGCUUUAAAUGCAAAAAUAGAGAUCAAAGAAGAGACUUUACUUUUCUUGUUUAAAUAGGUAGAUUCUGAGUGUAACAUUGUAACACCCAAAGACCGGUACUCCGUGAUGAACAUCGUUCUGUGUCUGUAUCUGUAAGGACACAAAUUUCAUACAUGUGCCUUAGACAUGUAUAAAGAAAAUAAUGCUAAAGAUACAUAAGGCCAUAUGUGUCUUUUAAAUUCGUAAUGCAAAAUUAUCUUAGCAUAAAAAAAAUUGAAAAUAAAUUCAUAGCUUGUAAACCUUGAGUUGCAUAAUGAUGGCAACUGCCAGUAAGGAACCACAAUGCACUGACACAGAGGACAUGACACGUUUUUUGUGAUAUUGUCUGUGUUCAUUCAGCUGUUACCUAUGACUUGGUUAACCUCUGCCCAUACAUUGCAUCCUGAAUCCGUCACAAUGUGACAUUUUUCUCAUUGCGGUCUAUGCUUUUAUCACUCCUUAAUAUUGCCAAUAGUAACGUUUUCCAAUUUCCGUUUCAAAGUCCUACCAAAUCAACAUCUGGAAUUGGAAUUUUUAUUAUAUGGAUUUGUUAUUAAAUGAUCCCGGGUCUUAGCUUGUACACAAACAUUUUUGUAAGAACUCAUUUAAAAAAAAAAAAAAAUUCUGUGGUUUUUUUUGUUGGAUGGUUUCAAGCAAAACUAAGAAAAACAAUGUUUCCUUUUUGUUUUCUAUUUAUUUUUUUCAGAAUCACUUUAUAUUUAGUUCCAUAAUUCAUAUUUCCAUUCUUUGUUCUCCUUCACUCUUUGCUACAUGACACUCAGUACCAAUGUCCUUGGGAAUCUGUAAUAGCAUGUCCAUAUCGUCCAUGAUAGGUCUAAAUGUUUACGGUUGCUCAUUAUCAGGAUCAAUAUAAAUAUAGGAUGAGGGUCACAAGAAAUACUCUGCAGGUCGAGCUUGAUGGACGUAUGUCUUUAUCAACCUCAGCUUACGUUACUAAAAAUGUCAUCUACGUGUUGUAUCAUUGCUGGUGAUUGCUUCCAAAAGCAGGAUGUGUGCAGCUGAGAUAUUUUUUUAAAAUAUACUAUAUAUGACAAUAGAUUGUGCUCUUCCAUAGUAUUAUAUUAUGGAACUUAGUCUGUAUGGAAAGAAAAAAUUAAUUUUUUAUUGCUGAAUAUUUUUUUUUGUUGCUGUAUAAAAAUUUAAUAUUUUGGAUGAAAGUUGCCUUAAUCAAAUGCUCUUUAAUUGAACAUAACUAGCCAUACUUAAUGAAUGCACUGUAGUCCACUUUGUUUCAUUAUAUCGGUGCUUCAGAAAACAAGGGGCUAUUUUAGCAUUGAUAGUUUCAGUGACUGUCAUUCAGAAACCUUAUUUAACUUGACCACCCUUACAACAAAUUCCCUUACAAUCUUUAAGUAUCUCCAAAUGCACCGUUGAAAGAGUCCUACAUAUAAUGCACUCUUGAACUCUAAUUAAACACACACAAAAUACUUAUAACAAAUGCUCCUGAACAGCAACAUUGAAAUGACGGAGCAUUCCCAGACAGCAUGUUGUCACCCACACAUUUGUUUGAGGAUAGCCUGCGCAUGCACUGUGGGCUCUGUAAUAUGUAUACAUAUCUGCUACAUUUCAAUGGUUUCUUAUAGAAACGGAGAGCUAAAAGGAAGGAUAACAUAGAACCACGCAUAUUCAGUGUUGGACAUUGAAGAAAAAAAAAAGUGGUUAACUAAUGCCUGAAGUAACAGAACACCAAUGCUCUACAUAGACACAAACAGCAAUUAGACCCACAAUAAAAUGCGAAAUAAUCGUGACAUUUUGUACAGUUAGUUUCUCAAAGAUGUAUGGCUGAAUUAAGGGCAACGUAAAAUGAUGCUGUGAUGAACAGCAGGAAAAUCAUCAAAAAUAGGGUUCUUCUGCUCUCUCGUGUCACUCAGUUCUUGGUAUAGAUGCUGUGAUGUCAGCAUAGACCUCUAUCCAUGGAAUUGAAUGACAGGCGAAUAAAUUGAACGCAUCCUUUGUUGCAUUUAUUGAAUGAUCUAUUAAUUUGUGAGCAAUUCUGAUUGCAUAAUGUAUAGAUGAAAUUAUUAAAUGUUUCAUUGUAACAAUUUAAGUUAAACCAUGGCAUUUAGACUUUAAUGUAACGGAUAGCUUAGGUACCUGUUUCUGCUUUGACACAUCACAUCAAAACUCAGGCGAAUAGUAGAAAUCUGUUGUUUUUACUUUCUAAAAAUAAAUGAAAAUUUAAAGCAUGAAAUUUUACACAAAAUAAUUUUCUCACGAGAUAUUCAUGAAGCCCUCAGGUUUCUCUACAUACCCUGAGCACAUUUUUAGAAGAUCAACAAAAGGUUCUAUUUAAAAAAGUUUUUUAAAUAUAAAAUUAUUUACAAAUCUAACCUCAGCUAAAACCUUACCAUAGAAUCCCUUACAUAGUUUAUAAAGAAAAAAGGUUCACUGGUGAUUUUCUAGACCAAAGCGUAGUAAUUUAACGUUCAGUCCGCAUCCGAUUGCUUAAUAUGGGUUAAACAAUACAAUAAACAUCUCUUCAAGUUGUUUGGAAAACAAACCCAUCAGGACCAAUAUAUUAUUUUAUAUCCAUCUAUGUUUCCCCUGGAGGGUCCUCUAAUGGCUUCCUCACUAGAGAAAAUUUGGCUCCUUUGGCUACUUCCUGUUUUCUUCAAUAACUCCCUAUGAGGUUGGUUAAAAUCAUAGAGUAGUUGUUUAAUGGUUAUAACUGCAGCUGUAUUGCUCUCAGCUCUCUCCAACUCCAUUAUGAGACAGAGCGAGAGAGACCUGGAGGAAAAUUUACUAUACUCUCUAAGACAAGAUAGCAUUGAGCAGUGUCUUCCUUGUUAAAUAAUUUGUGUUUAUUGGCCUUGACAACUGUUUGCAUUUUAUCGUAUUUUCUAUUUUGUUCUAAUGGUCGAGUGAGUGGUUGCGUUUAUGUUUUCCAUUUCAUAAAUGCAAUCCACUAAUUCAAAAAGGAGGAUUAACGCUUAGAAAAAUAAAACAAACAUAGGUUUUUAUUCAUUAAACUGUGAAUUGUCAGGAAUUUAAAAGUGGAAACAAGAAUAGCAGUAUUGGAAAAUUCACAUUUUUUUUUUUUUUUUUUUUUUUAAGAUUUGGUUUUUUGGGCCUAAAAUUUGAAAUUCCUUUUGGAUACACAUAUGAACAACCGUAAUAUUGUAAGACCUGUAUAACCUUCUAGUGUCUAGUGAUGACUCUUUGCCUGAAAGAAGAACAAAAAAAUGUAAUUUUAAUUAUAUAUAUAUAUAUAUUUUACAUUUCUACUAUUAUAGUAAUAAUUAUUAGUUCCUGAAGUUCCAACGUUUGUUAAACAAACUAUUUACUGCUUUACAUAUCACCUAUUUAUUCUUUGCAAAACUAAUUGUUCGCAUUUUUUUUUUCUUCCAGAUAACUUUCACGAUCAAAUGAAACGUGAACUGGCAUACAGAGAAGAGAUGGUUCAACAGAUACAAAUUGUAAGUUAAUAUACGAUUAAUUAUCGUAUCUCAUAGAUUGUUAGCUUGUUGGAACAAGGCUUUCUUCAGAUAUCCCCUUUCUAUAAUUGUAAAGCAAUGCGAAGUAUGUUGGAGCUAUGUAAAACGCAGAUAUUAAUAAUUCUAAAAGCAAAAUUGAACUGUGACUCCUGUUUUACCUAUUUUGUGCAAUAAAUUAAAUAUGUUAUCAAAAUAAUACUUGGAUUUUAAAACAGAGCAGGUAUUGCUAUACAAGCCAGUAUUUUUACAAAAAAAUUCCAGGAUUCCAGAAGAUACAUUGAUUAAAAGGUAUAACAUCACUGGAUUGACUUAAACAAAUUGACACAGUAACAGAUCCAAGCCCAUAGAUAUUAAAGGGACACUAUAGUCACCCAGACCACGUCAGCUCAAUGAAGUGGUCUGGGUGCCAGGUCCCCCAGGUUUUAACCCUUCAGAUGUAAACAUAGCAGUUUCAGAGAAACUGCUAUGUUUACAUUGCAGGGUUAAUCCAGCCUCUAGUGGCUGUCUUCCAGCGUGCAGAACGUCCCUAGGAAACUAUGUACUGAUUGAAUGAGUGCACAACUCUUGCCGUGCAUGCGCAUUCCGCUCCACUCGGGAGCUGACGUCGGAGGGGGAGGAGAGGUCACCAGCACCGAGGGAGCCCGGCGCUGGAUUCAGAUAAGUAACUGAAGGGAUUUUAACCCCUUCAUCACCAAGGGAGGGGGCCCUGAGGGUGAGGGGGUCCUAAGCAUGCUAUAGUGUCAGGAAAACAAGUUUGUUUUCAUGACACUAUAGUGAUCCUCUAAUGUAAAGGAUAAUGGCACAGAAUAGGAAAAAGAGACAUUUAAUAGUGUAUACAGACUAAUAACACACACACCCACACAGUUACACAGUUGCACACAAUCACAUUUAGACACUUCUGCUACCAAUGAGAAAAGGAAGUUUGUAUUGUUAAGGAUAGUCUAGGAUAGUACAUUAUCUGUGUGUAACAUCGUUUCUUUGAUCUAAUGGGAUUUGACAAUAUGAUCUGCGGCCCAUGAAUGCGUGUGUUAACUUUAAAAAGCGAUCUUAGAGCUUGCUCUCUAACACACAUUAUAAAUAAAUAUAUUUUCUUUAUCAAAUGCAUGGCUAAUAAUUCACAAACUGGAAACUGUCGAGAUUCAACAAAGGAACUCGAAAUUGUCAGGCAAAAUAGCUUUUAAAAAACAUUUUCAACUAUUUUCCAGUCGUUUAUAUGCCAAAAAUGUGCAAAUAUUUUUGUUGUUGAGCAAAAUAGUACUUUAUACCUACAUACAGGAACAUAUGCCUACAUACAAAAACAUACAGAACCCGUGCAGAAUGCUGUUAUAUCUUAGAUACAUCCUGUGCCUGUGAUCUUUUCUGUGAAGUAUAUUAUUUGGCCUUUACUGUUUUUCUCAGCUGGCUAAGUGUCUAAUUACUGUGAGACUUACCCAGGAACACAGCCAGCAGAUGUAUCUCUACAUCACUGCUCAUUUAAAUGUACUUUCAAAGCUGACAUGCAGCCACACGGACACCGACAAUUCAAAAUACAAAACACAGGGUUACACGGUUGUUCCUGCCGGCUCUAGCAGACACUAGACGAGCUAGCUAAACAGCUGUCACGAGUCUUGUACACAAUAGCUGCUAACUGGGAAUACAUGCAAUUUAAAUUCAUAAUGUUUCAACAUACCAAGCCGCACGUUAUUGAAAGAAAUAAGGAAACAGUGAUAGAUAAAUGCUAUCUUACACACUACCGGAUAAUUAAAGGGACAGCAAUUACGUGCAUUUAUUAAUUCAUUGUAGGAGUCCCUUCACAAAAGGACUUCAAAAAAACAUAAAUUGACAGAUUUUGCAUUAAGGAAAAAAGUGGGCAAAUAGUACAACAAAUUAUUGUUCACUUGUUCAAAAGCAACUGUACAAAAAUGUGCUAAUCUGCAUCCUGUUCAAUACAUUUAGUCCCAUUUAUACUUUUAAAUCGGUGCAUUGUAAAUGUUCCGUAUCCUAUAUUUUGUAUGAGGUUGUUUGACCCCUUAAGGAAACAUGACAUGUGUGACAUGUCAUGAUUCCCUUUUAUUCCAGAAGUUUGAUCCUUAAGGGGUUAAACCAGCUUGGUUGCAUCCGGUUGUAAGUUUAAUGGGUUUGACCCAAUUGGAAUCCAGUCAUUUUCACCAGAUUCUGUCCAUUUAGACCAUACUAAAGAAACCCCAAAAUGUUUCUUUAACUCUCCGAUGAUGUUGUGUGCCCACCUUGCCUAAGGAAAGAAAAGCUCCAUUCAAAAUAUUCUAACCAUAAGUCGUAACUGCUAGGGAUACAUUUCUUCCCUGGGGAAUCUUAACAGCUAUAGUCCGUUCUUGGCAAUCCAAUCAGCACAUCACACCUACAAGCUUGGAGAAUUAACCGACACACACACAAUGAAAUAGAGAGGUUUCAAAUCAAUUCUGAGUUUAUUGGUAUAACAUGUCAACAUGUCAGGAUAUAUAGGUAUCUUAUCACAUAGCAUGACAUCACAUUAUACAGAAAAAGCAAAUAUUUUGGCCAUUUGUCAAAAAUUACUCAUCUUCACAAGACAAACAUUACACUUAACUUGGCAUUAAUAGAAAGGACGCAUUUUAUCAAAGAUAUUUUCAAGUCAAGGUUUCGUUUAUUUAUGUUCGUUCCCGAAAACAUUUACUGAACGGGAAGUAUCUGUUUGGAGUGAAGUCAUUUGCGCAAACAAGUUUGUAAUGAGAAAAAAUGUUAAUACUGCAUUUAUAUAAAUGUUUAUUUAAGCAGCUUUUAGCAAUAAACCAGAAAAUGGAUGCCGACUACAAAAUGGCGGGUUGGUUAUCAAUAACAAAGAAAGAAGUAUAACUUUUCAAACCAGAAACCAGAAAAAUACCUUCUCCUUUAGUAGGAAAAAAGAUAAAAUAUAAAGAAAGAACAUUGAAAUAUGUAAACAUAUAAAAUUACCUUUACACUAAUUUAUCUUAGGAGCAAUGAUAGAUUUAAAAAUGUCUCUAUAAUGUGUUCCCCUUUUUUUUGCAUUCCUUACCUAAGGACAAUACUGGAUUACUUUACGAGGAGACUGAUAAAAAAAAAUGUUUCAGCCCUGGGAAAGUUGCUAAUCUAAUUUCUGAUAUUACAGAGCAGCUACAAUUCACACAGUGCUGUGUCGCCACCUGCUGCUUAUUCGUGUUCUCGCAGUUUCUGAUUCAAGAUCACUAAAUACAUUGUUGCUCAUUGUUAAAGCGAUACUGUCACGCCGAACUUAACUUUCUCCUCCUCUCUGAGAAUCUGUUCUUUUUUUCUUUAUUUCUGAUCUAGUUUUCUUUAAAACAUAAGACAAAAUAGGAACUACUUUGUCUUAUGUAUUUUUACUACGCCUGACUUUCUUUGACCAAAGGAGGAGUUUAAGUCAGCUCCAUUUCCUGUGUCAAGGAGAAGGGUGAGUACUUUCUUUGACUCAGAAAAUGGAGUGGACUUAAGCUCCUGUUGCAAAUUUUCAAAAGUUGAGCAAUUAGCAAUGGCAUAUUCAAGGUGAAAAUGAUUGCUUCACUUUCAGAACACUUCAAUACUUGUAUUGUUUCAAUUAAGAAAUGAUUCUAAGUGAUAGCGCUUUGGUGCAUCAUGUUCCUUUCCAUGUUUGCAUGCUAUAAUCUUAAACAAAAUCUUCCCCAUCUCAGCAAAAUAUGUAUGUACUACCAAUGUCUCUUUAAAUUCUAACUGCUGCUGCUAAUAGGCUGACAUAUAUUCAUUGGCAAGUGUUAUGUAAGUCUAUAGCUACUUAGAAUUUACAAACAUUUUUAAAUUCUAAAUAAAUACAUUCUGUUUGGUUACUGCUUAUUGAAUUGCUGACCAUCCUUCCACUGUAGCAAACCUUUCAGGAAGUUGAACCAUCCUACAAAAGUGGGUUCAUGGGGGUUCAAGAUGUUUUUAGCUACUGGAAUGACAAAAUAGAGAGACAUUGAAUAUAGUUUAUGGGGAAACCGUAAGUAUCUAUGAUAUGAUUGGCACAAUAUUGCAUCUGUGUGUGGUUAGUUGUGAAACUCUGAUCUGACCAAGGCAUUUGUUAUUGUCGUUUGCAGAUUCCAUACACAGCAAGUUUAAUAAGGAAAGAAAAGAUUGGCACACAUCUGAGCAAGAGUUAAAAGGUAAAUAAAGUGAGAACAUGUAGUUUCAUCAACGAUCAAUCAUGCUAUUCAAAUGAUCACAGUCAAUUAGCAAAACCUUUCUGCGACCUAUAGAACUCACAAUUAAAGUCUAUGUGAAUUUUUGUAGAUUAAUCAUUUGAAAGUUUUUUUUAACAGUAUUGAAUCAUUUGGAAAGCUUAUUAAAUCAUGACCUGUGUCAGAACAAGAAGGAAAUUAGUCGAUAGUUACCUUUAAAAGUACAUUAGCAUCAAUACCAAUCAGUGACUGUGUAUAUUUUUAAAUUAAACGGUGGCACGUUCAAAAUGUUAUAACUUAUUCAGAAAUGAUCAGUCUGUGGGGUAUGUUUGUUAAAAUAUUAAAUAGAAAUAUGGGUUAUCUCAUCUUGGUCUGUAUAUGAAUUAGAGCAUCUCUGAAUUUUUUUUCCAAACUGUUUAUAAAAGUAAAUUGUAACCAGCUGUGUUAUUCUCAGUGUCACUGAGGUGUUUCUAUGUGUCGUUUUAAGAGUUUUGGUAACAAACUACUACUGUAAUCUAAAAAGGAAAGUGUAAUUAUGUCCAACAGAAGAUUUCAGAGUACACUAUCAGGGUUAUUUACUAACUUGGAAUGUCAAGAACUCAAAGUGAAUUUCAAAUUAUAGCCAAUCUGAAAUCAAAGCUAUCUUGGACAAUUUUAGCAAAUUGACUAAUUUGUCCUUUAAGUUGAAAUUCACAUUAAAUUCCCAAAAUUUCUCACAUUAGUAAAUAUCCCUGUAUAUUCGCCGUAAUCUUACUUGUUCAAGAGCCUAAAUCCUGAAAGCAUGUGGCUUAUCCCAAACCACAUGUGUCCAGUUAUCCCAAACCACAUGUGUCCAGUUUAUCCCAAGCCCCAUGUGUCCAGUUAUCCCAAACCACAUGUGUCCAGUUUAUCCCAAGCCCCAUGUGUCUAGUUAUCCCAAACCACAUGUGUCCAGUUUAUCCCAAGCCUCAUGUUUCCAGUUAUCCCAAACCACAUGUGUCCAGUUUAUCCCAAGCCUCAUGUUUCCAGUUAUCCCAAACCACCUGUGUCCAGUUUAUCCCAAGCCCCAUGUGUCCAGUUAUCCUAAACCACAUGUGUCCAGUUUAUCCCAAGCCUCCUGUUUCCAGUUAUCCCAAACCACAUGUGUCCAGUUUAUCCCAAACCACAUGUGUCCAGUUUAUCCCAAACCACACGUGUCCAGUUUAUCCCAAACCAUAUGUUUCCAGUUUAUCCCAAAUCACGUGUCCAGUUAUCCCAAACCACAUGUGUCCAGUUUAUCCCAAGCCCCAUGUGUCUAGUUAUCCCAAACCACGUGUCCAGUUUAUCCCAAGCCUCAUGUUUCCAGUUAUCCCAAACCACCUGUGUCCAGUUUAUCCCAAACCACACGUGCCCAGUUUAUCCCCAUCCACACAUGUCCAGUUUAUCCCAAACCAUAUGUUUCCAGUUUAUCCCAAACCACAUGUGUCCAGUUAUCCCAAACCACAUGUGUCCAGUUUAUCCCAAGUGUGUAGCUCAUUUAGCAGACAGAGUAGGACCUGCCAAAGAUGGGGUACAUUGGCGUUGUGGCAGGCUUAUGCAAUGUAUGAUCAUAUAAUGUAACCAAACCCCCAUUAUUUUUUGCCUAGAUUAGGUGUUUUUAAUAAAACUAACAAAAUUGUUCAGCACCAAAAUAACUGUUUAGUAGAUAAGUGAGUGCGCUGGAUUUUCAUUUUUCCAGUUUAUCCCAAACCACGUGUACAGUUAUCCCAAUCCACACAUGUCCAGUUUAUCCCAAUCCACACAUGUCCAGUUUAUCCCAAACCACGUGUCCAGUUAUCCAAAACCACAUGUGUCCAGUUUAUCCCAAACCAUGUGUCCAGUUAUCCCAAUCCACACAUGUCCAGUUUAUCCUAAUCCACACAUGUCCAGUUUAUCCCAAACCAAACGUGUCCAGAUUAUCCCUAUCCACACAUGUCCAGUUUAUCCCAAACCAUGUGUCCAGUUUAUCCCAAACCACGUGUCCAGUUAUCCAAAUCCACACAUGUCUGGUUUAUCCCUAUCCACACAUGUCCAGUUUAUCCCAAACCACAUGUGUCCAGUUAUCCCAAACCACACGUGUCCAGUUAUCCAAAGCCACGUGUCCAGUUUAUCCCAAACCACAUGUUUCCUGUUUAUCCCAAACCAAACGUGUCCAGUUAUCCCAAACCACACGUGUCCAGUUAUCCAAAACCACAUGUGUCCAGUUUUUCCCAAACCACAUGUUUCCAGUUUAUCCCAAACCACACGUGUCCAGUUUAUCCCAAACCACACGUGUCCAUUUGUAAAUUUAAGUUGUGAGAAAAACAGAUAUAAUUUCUACACAAACGCAAUAAAAACAAUAACCUGACACCAGCAAUACGAAGUAUACAUUAAAUAGUAUGUGAAAAGAGGUAAGAGUUUCCCUCCUAUCUCACAUAUUUUGGCUAGCUGGUUAGUUAAAAGUCAGAAGUAUUUCUGUGAGUUGUAUGGCCUCAAGAAAGAAUAAAAAGAUAGAUGUGACAAGUAAAACAUUUCAUAAUACAGCUACUCAUAUAAAACAAAACCCUGCCCUACCCUGCACUAUUUAAAGGGACUCUCCAGUGCCAGGAAAACAAAUCCAUUUUCCUGGCACUGCAGAAUCCUGCAGUGCCCUCCUCCCUCCCUGCCACCCUCCAUCCCAUGUUGCUGAAGGGGUUAAAUCCAGCAUUCAUGUCCCUCCAUGCUGGGUCAGGCUCCGCCCAGGCUCCUCCCCCGGCGAUGUCAGCCAGCAUGUGAGACCUAAUGCGCAUGCACGGCAUGCAGCGCGCACGCAUUAGACCUCCCUAUAGGAAAGCAUUAGUCAGUGUUUUUGUAUGGGGAUUCUGGCGAUGCUGGAGGUCCUCAUGCAUAGCGUGCAGACGUCCAGCGUCGUUUAAAACACUUUUUGGGUUUUAAGAAGCCGGAAGUCCCUCUAGUGGCUGUCUGAUAGACAGUUUAUAAAAACUGUAAUAAUUACACUUGCAGGGUUAAGGGUGAUGGGAGUUGGCACCCAGACCACUCCAAUGGGCAGAAGUGUUCUGGGUGCCUGGAGUGUCCCUUUAAUGCAUUGUAUAAAUAAGAAUGGAAUGUGUGUUUGUAGCUGUGAGUGAUAAGACAAGAACAGAAAGCUAUUGUUAGAUUGAUGCUCCGGGCAAUGAUGUUUCAAUAAAUACCACAUCUCCUUUAUAGAUCUAGUUUAUUCUCACUGCUGGCCUCAGGUCCUCUAGAUUGCAGUAUUCAGGAGAAUUGUUUGUUAUCUGUUUAGCUUAAGCAUUUGUUUCCCUGACUGUUGAUAGAGACAAGGUGUAAAUGUAAAAAACAAGAUGUGGAUUUUAUUAACAUAUUCAGCAAUCAAAAUGAGCGGUAACAGAAGACACAUUUUCUAGGCUGCUGUCAUUUACACGGGUUACUGUGUCUUCAGGUUAUAAAAGAUAAAUGCUAAGGACAACACUGUUAGUUAAAAUAAAAUGAAAUAAAAUCCUUGGAACUCAAAAUUUGGUUAAAGUAUCAGAAAAGUCAGAUAAAUAAACACACGAAAACAAAAUAUAAUAUUUUUAUAGCAGCACAAUAAAAACUGAAAACCAAAUACUUACUUGAAUUCAUUUUACUCUCUACGGCCCAUGUUUUAGGAGUCCGCAAUGCACUGCUAACACAACAGGUGUUUUUAUCGAACAUUGAAUUGUUGUGAAUUAAGGCAUACAUUUAAUAUAUUUAUAUAAGCUUUUUCAAAUCAUUUAAUAUUUUUGGAUCCAAUUUUAAAAUUUAUUUUCAAAAUAUUAGAAUAUCAAAAUAUUUAUCAUACAUAAAAAUAUAUAAAUAUACCGGUACAAAAAAAUAUAAAGAUAAUAACAUAUUUUCAAACAUUAAAUCAUUUGAAAUCAUACUUGAAUCAAGGCCUAAAUUUGAAUGACAAAAUUGAAGCUAACAUAGCUGAACUGAGGCCAAAAUAGCCCAAAGAAAUUGGAUAACCGUUUAUAGACUCAAUUUUACCAUUCAUAUGUAAUUCACUGCAAUUUUGUGUAUAUUAAAUAAGCCUCAUAGGUGUAGGUAUAUACACUACAUACCACUAAGAAAACAUAGAUUAUAUCUGUAAGUAAUCUUGAGGUCUGUAGACACUCUUUACUCACUGUUGUUUAAAUACAUUUUCAUCAAUUUCCUAUUAGCACUAAAAUAUAACACCAAUUAUUAUAUUAAAGAAUAAAACAUAUCACUAAACACUUUUUUCAUCUUUUGUUACCUUGUUGAGUAAUGGUAUGUUUGUUUUUUUCUUCAGCUUGGCCAGCAGAACCUGUGACUACACAAUCGGUUAUAAAAUGAACAAAUAUUUCAAACUGUAUAAAGACUGAAAUUUGAAAGAUCUUUCGGGGGAAAAUGGUUCAGAAGCAAAAGAUGGCCUGGAGCAAUCAGGACCCAUGUGUAUCAUACCAUAUAAGAACUAUUAGUAGACAACAGAAAACCAUAUCUGUAUGGACCUGCCGUCAGUACCAAAGUAUAUGCAACCAUUGACCAUGCACUAGGCUUCCUACAGACAGGACUUAGACAAAGAUGACACGUUCAACCCAUAUUUUCUCUACUCAUAGAGCUGGAAACUCAAAAAAUGUAUCUCAGAACUUCUUAUGGAAUAGAGUUCCUUUCUAUGUUCAGUGGUGUCCACUAUAUGGUGUGGGACAAGUUAAGGACAUGUUGUCAUUUCUGGACUGGACAAAGUGUGACGUUGGCCCUGCCGAUAUUAUAUACUGCCUGCUGUAUGGAUUAAACUGUAAC